GCCGCGAGCUUGUUCCGGUAUCAGGGCAGGAUCGUGCGCAUAGACUGCAUUCGGGCGCAGCUCCUCGCCUCUCUCCCCCUGUCGCCCGUGACACGCUCCUCCUAACAAGAAAACCCCAGUUUACCGAUAAUGGAUUUUACAACUUGAUGAUUCCUGCUUCAGUCGUCUGGUCACGGGAAUAACAGCGGUCGGUGUACCGACAGGACGAACUGGUAUAUCGCCACACUGCAGUGCAGCACUGGUGAACGACCUUAUUCCAAUCACGCAACACAAGGAAGAGCGCCGGUGCUUUCCGUGGAUUUUGAGUUUUGUGGGUUGCUCUGUGGCAGUCACCGCCGCUGCGGCCGCAGGGUAAUAAGCUAACUAGCUAGCUUCGCUGCGAAAGAAACACUGAAUUGGUUAGCUACAUUGGCUAAUAUUGGUCAGCCAGUUAGCUAGCGCAACAAAUUAAUUCGUGUUUCCCACCUGCCAUGUGACCAUUUUACAUGGUACUGCUUUUAUUUUUUCGGAUACACUACCCUGAAUAUUUCACUGGGAACAUUUUGAAUGGUUUUGUGUAAGUUGGGAAGGUCGAGACCUCGCCGGGAAUAACUUUGGCCUGAAAGUUUGUACACCCGGACCUUGUUUCAAACCUGAAAGGAAACGUCUUUGCCUCGAAAAGAGAAAAGCAGACGUCGACAGUGCGCUAUGAAAACGACGCUGGACAAAAAUUUGUCGUAGAUUUCGGCGACAGUUUGGGCUUCCUUAGACGUUAGUUAGCAACGUUACAGGUUAGCAUGCUAGCACCUAAUUGAACCUUGUCUUGUUCAAUACAACCAUUGCCCAACUUUUCUUCAAGCUAGCCCAAGUAGCUAGCUGGCCAAACGUCAACGCAUCGGGCUGAUAGCUCGCUGGUCACAGUCGACGUAGAUACGUGCUAAUUGGGUACUGAAUGUUUUUACACCCAGACCGAAACUGAAGAAGAUUUUUACCUUUUCCUGUUUUGUGAUUGUUGACAAACAUGGGACGUGCGGUUGCUGCUAGCUAGUUUCUAGCUAGCUGGCUAACUCGGCUAGCCGCUGAUGUGGGAUUCAACUUGUUGAUUCACGGGCUAUCUGUCGCGCUGCUAGCUGGCUAGCACUGGACAUCUGUUGGAAAUCUCCCUCUACCAUCAACUUGACAGGGUUUAAAUGCACAAUAGACACUGAAGAAUCGUUCUUGUUUCACCGUUCCUUUCCCCUUUUUGGCAACUUCAAGUCUCAAAAAUGUCAACAAGGAUACCACUGGUGCAAGUUAUUGAAAAUUCGACCGGGCAGGAGUCCAAGUCAUCCGGCCGCUCCAGCAUGCCGCGAUGUCGGAACUCCGUCGCCACGACCACAUCAGAUGACCAGCCGCACAUUGGUAACUAUCGGUUGCUAAAAACCAUCGGCAAGGGCAACUUCGCCAAGGUCAAACUGGCACGACACGUCCUCACCGGAAAAGAGGUGGCUGUAAAGAUCAUUGAUAAGACACAGCUCAACUCCUCCAGUUUGCAGAAGCUCUUCCGGGAGGUGAGGAUCAUGAAGAUGUUGAAUCACCCCAACAUAGUCAAGCUCUUUGAGGUGAUAGAGACAGAGAAGACUUUGUACCUUGUAAUGGAGUACGCUAGUGGAGGAGAGGUGUUUGAUUACUUGGUGGCCCAUGGCAGGAUGAAGGAGAAAGAAGCCCGUGCCAAAUUCAGACAGAUUGUGUCAGCAGUGCAGUAUUGCCAUCAGAAGUGUAUAGUACACAGAGACCUCAAGGCGGAGAACCUGCUGCUGGACGCAGACAUGAACAUCAAGAUAGCAGACUUUGGCUUCAGUAAUGAGUUCACUCUGGGGAACAAGUUGGACACGUUCUGCGGCUCCCCGCCCUACGCUGCCCCGGAGCUUUUCCAGGGCAAGAAGUACGACGGACCUGAAGUGGACGUCUGGAGCCUGGGGGUGAUCCUCUACACGCUGGUCAGCGGCUCGCUGCCCUUUGAUGGACAAAACCUCAAGGAACUGAGAGAGCGUGUGCUGCGUGGUAAAUACAGGAUUCCUUUCUACAUGUCCACGGACUGUGAGAACUUGCUCAAAAAGUUCCUCAUCCUGAACCCCUCCAAAAGAGGCAGCCUCGAGCAGCAGAUAAUGAGGGACCGGUGGAUGAAUGUGGGCUACGAGGAGGAAGAACUCAAACCCUACAUCGAGCCACAGCCAGAUUAUAAGGACCCCAGGAGGACAGAUAUCAUGCUGCAGAUGGGAUUCUCUCAGGAGGAGAUCCAGGACUCGCUGGUGAACCAGAAGUACAAUGAUGUGAUGGCUGCAUAUCUGCUACUGGACUAUAGGAACUCUGAGCUGGAUGAAGGUUGCAUCAAGCCCCGGCCAGGAAGUGAUGUAAGCAACAUUAACGCCCCCUCCCCGUCUCACAAGGUACAGCGCAGUGUUUCAUCCAACCAGAAGCCUCAGAACCGCAGAGCCACUGACCAGGGUGAGAUUGGCUCCUCCUACUCUAAGAGAGGGGGUCAAGCAGACAACCGGACUGCAGUGGAGGAUUCUGGGAGGAAAGGCUCAUCAGGCAGCUCCACUACCAAGGUGCCGGCCAGCCCUCUGGUCUCCUCUGACCGCAAGAAGAGCGCCACGCCCUCCACCAAUAGCAUCCUGUCCACCGGUACCGGCCGCAGUCGGAACUCUCCUCUGACUGAGAGAGCCACACUUGGCCAGGGUAUCCAGAACGGCAAGGACAGCCUAAACACUCCGGGCUCCCGCGCCUCCACUGCCUCGGCCGCUGCCGUCCUCUCCUCCUCCUCCUCCUCGCGUCCCCGCCACCACAAGUCCCUGUCCUCCUCCAAUCAUCCAUGCCCCUCUGACCUGCACGCACCACGGCCCAGCGCCCCACCGCAGCGGGCGCCCGGUGCCUCCCCAUCUGCCCACAACAUCAGCAGCGCUGCCGUGUCAGACCGUCCCAACUUCUCCCGAGGGGUGGGCAUCCGCAGCACAUUCCAUGCAGGCCAGCAGCGGGGAGCCCGGGACCAGCAGGGCUCCGCUUACCCCGGUGGGCCUGCAUCCCCAUCGCUGUCACAUGGCAACAGUCAGGCCCGGAGGACACAUGGCGCCACGGGGAUUUUCAGCAAGUUCACAUCCAAGUUUGUACGCAGAAAUCUCUCGUUCAGGUUUCCGAGAAGGAGUCCGUAUGAGGGAGAGGGUCGGGAUGAGGGGAGCAGGUCUAUGCUGAGCAGCACAGUGGACAAGUCAGAGAAGACGUCCGGCGGCGUUCUGUCUUCCUCUUCCAACAACGAUGAGAACAACUCCUCACCAGGAUCUGGUAACACUGGUGGCACCGGCACCCCUCCGGCCAUCGCCAGCCAGAAGGACUCGGCCAAGCCGCGCUCGCUUCGCUUCACCUGGUCCAUGAAGACCACGUCGUCCAUGGAGCCCAUGGAGAUGAUGCGCGAGAUCCGCAAGGUGCUCGACUCCAACAGCUGCGAGUACGAGCUGCGCGAGCGCUACAUGCUGCUGUGCGUGUCGGGCAACCCGGCCCGCGACGACUUCGUCCAGUGGGAGAUGGAGGUGUGCAAGCUGCCGCGGCUCUCCCUCAACGGCGUGCGCUUCAAGCGGAUCUCAGGCACGUCCAUCGCCUUCAAGAACAUUGCCUCAAAGAUUGCCAACGAGCUCAAACUGUGAGUGCGGAGGAGCGGCGAGGAGAGAUGAGAUUAAAAGGUGGAGGUGGGAGGGUGAAGGGGCUGAUAGCGAGGAUGAAGAUGAUGCUGUAUGCGAGGUGGGGGCACUCUGGAGGUCAGGAGGUAAGCUAAAGGGUGGGAUCACUUUAAAAAUAACAAUUGUUGUCAGGACAAAGGUCUGAGGUGGGGCUCUCUGAGACUAGAAAACGUUACUUUUCUAGAAGUUUUGUUCGCUCAGUUCCCGAGGCCCCGCCAUUAGAAACUCUGAGUUGAUUUCCUCUCAGUUGUGAAGUACUUAUAGACCGACGUCUUCUCUCUUCCCUGCUGUUUUUUUUUUCUUUUUCUUUUGUCACGUUCUACUAAGACGUUCCACUCUUCUGCAUGUCCGAUCUGCUCUCUCUGUUUUUUAGAAGUCACACUUUGGUCACUUGGACGACUCCUGUCACUUCUUCCUGCUAUUUAUUCAGUUUCUCUGCACGGUUCUGCUACCAGGUCUCUUCGGGUUGGGGGGGACGCCGGGUAGAAAAGGGGGUUGGAUGGGGGGACGAGGAGAUUGCUGGAAAACAACUGUCUGCUUUCUCUCUGAAUCUCUAACAAGUGUUGACGAGUGACAGAAAGUUCGGAGCCUUAUUUUGCUGGAAAACUCGAGGGAGUUUUGAUGGAAUUUGUUCUGAUUCUCCGCCAAAACUGAGUGGACUCCAACUGAGCCAGGACUUUGGUUGCUGAAGCCCGCUGGCGCACACACACACACACACACACACACACACACACACACACACACAGAUGGACUUUGGAUGGACGAACUCUGCUGUUCUUGGUUAAAGGACCCUCUCCACCCUCCACCUGCCUGCACAAACCCUCCUCCCCCAAAAUGAACUUUGAAAAUCCACCUGAUCCAUCCUUCCACCACCUCCCUCCUCCCCUCACUCUCUCACACACACACACACACACACACUUCUCCACCCUCUCCCUCUAAUUUCAAACUGAACUCAGCACAAACACAUCCAUCUUUUUCACCUCUUCACUCCCUUUUCCCUCCUUAUUUUUAUUUUUUAUUUUAAUUUCUCUCGCGCCAUCAAGUCCGAGGAGGCCAGUUAAACUUGAUGUCGUCAUCGAUUGUUCAGGCUUCGACCCUUCAAGUCUGUACUUUAUUUUUUCUUAAGUUUCUUUUAUGGCUUUUAAAAAGAGUUGUGCACUGGAAAAGAGGGGCAUGUGGGAAACUGGGGAGGGAAGGACAGUUCAUGGACGGGGCUGUUGAUGGAUUUUAUGUUGCCUUUCUUUAUGAGUUGAUUUGGGGUUUGUUUUGUUGCGUACGUCAACACAUGAACGCUCAAAUGAUUGAGUUGUACUUGUUUUUGUUAAAGUUGGUAUCGCUUCGGUUGGCAUCACGCCUUCAUAUCCAGAAUGUCAACCCUGAACCGACGCAUUUCUUGCCCCCUGUUUUUUGUUUUGUUUUUUUUUGGUCCCCCAUGCCACACAUGUUCCCACAGAGCAAACCCACAGAAAAGGUGUCUUCAGAGUAUGUAACAAACAGUAUGUGUGUGUGCGCGCGUGUGAGCGUAUUAUUAAAUGAUCACUGGGAAAAAACAACAAAAAAAAGAAUCGACAAGGACGACGACGAAUGGUGAAUUAUUUUCUUCUUCUACUUUUGAUUUGAUAAUAUAUUUUUGUGUCGUUGGAAAUUUUGGGUUUGUACAGAUUUGGAUGUUGGGUUUGGGGGAGGGGGGUUGGAUGGGGUGUGAAGGGUCACGUCGGAUCAUAUCAUUGCUGCCUUUUCAGUGUAGUGCACCUUUAACACACACAGACACACACACACAGAGCUCAUAGUGUAUCGGAUUAAACACAAAACAGGCCCCUAAGUGAACAGGAGUUAUCGAUGUAUUUAACGAUGUUGAUGGUGGUGGUGACGACUGCUGCUCGUUUAUCUGUGGCCAUUUUUUGUUUUUUUGUUUUUUUUUCCCCCCCUCGUCUGUUUGUUUGUACUUUGAAAGGCCUUAUCGGUCCAGAAUGGCUUGAAGCAGAGAAAGCAGGAGCGGCUUCUUCGUCAAAGCGUUUCUCAUAUCGGAGCACAUGUUCACGUUCAAAACCACAGACCAGAAGAAGCCGCUUCCUGUCCCACUCUCUUUGCGCUGAUGCACCAGUUUGGCGAAGCAGAAGAAACACACACACACACACACACACACACUCACACACACUCGGGGGUUAAAGAAAGGGGGCGAUGGGGACAAAGCUGGUUCCCGUCAGCUGGUUGUACUUAACUUAACACUUUUCUUUCUUUCUAUCUAUCACAAUGACACACUGUCGUUUUAUUAUUUCUUUCAGUUUUUAAUACGUCAGAUUUUUCUUUAAAAGUUGAUCAUUGUAUUAAGGUGCUGGGUAUUGGAUUCUAAUUAUUAUUCUGGCUGUUGCUGUUAUAUUAUCUCUUUCAGGGUUGAUUUUAUUUUACAUUAUUUCGUUUUACAUUGCUGUAAUUUACAUUGAUUUUAAAUGUGUUUUGAGCAAACUGUAACUGUAGU